UAGGACGCUUCGUAGCCUCGUGAUACAUACGACGGAGAGCCAACUGUGUUACCGCAACGGCUCUCCAUUUCGCUCGGAUGUGUGUAUUGCAUUACCGUCCACUUUGACCUUAAUGUCUCGGUAAAAAUACCUAGGAAUUAAGCUUUUUUGUUGCUUAGGUUCGCUUGUUCCUCUACAUACUAUUUGGUUUGAUCGACCGUCAUUUUCUUCUCGUCAUCUGCUGAAAGACGGUGAAGGAGGACUUCAUGAAACACGGGAGGGAGCAUUGAUUGGACCUAUCAGUGUUUUCGCCAUCCAGCGGAUGAGUCCCCAGCUCAGCCCACAGCAGUGAUUGGGCUAGGUGCCAGAUAGGGAGCUGUAGCAGGGGGGUGAUCAUGGCGGACGUGGACCCAGACACCUUGCUGGAGUGGCUCCAGAUGGGCCAGGGAGAUGAGAGGGACAUGCAGCUGAUUGCCCUGGAGCAGCUCUGCAUGCUGCUGCUCAUGUCUGACAAUGUGGACCGCUGCUUCGAGACGUGUCCCCCACGCACCUUCCUCCCAGCCUUGUGUAAGAUCUUCCUGGACGAGAGCGCUCCGGACAACGUGCUGGAGGUGACGGCCCGCGCCAUCACAUACUACCUGGACGUGUCGGCUGAAUGCACCCGCAGGAUCGUUGGCGUGGAGGGGGCUAUCAAGGCACUGUGUAACCGCCUGGUGGUGGUGGAGCUCAACAACAGGACCAGCAGAGAUCUGGCAGAGCAGUGUGUCAAGGUGCUGGAGCUGAUCUGUACCAGGGAGUCUGGAGCAGUGUUUGAGGCUGGGGGUCUGAACUGUGUGCUUAGCUUCAUCCGGGACAGCGGUCAUCUGGUCCAUAAGGACACCCUGCACUCCGCCAUGGCUGUGGUGUCUCGCCUGUGCAGCAAGAUGGAGCCCCAGGACUCCUCUCUGGAGACCUGCGUGGAGUCCCUCUCCAGCCUACUCAAACACGAGGACCACCAGGUGUCUGACGGGGCUCUGCGCUGCUUCGCCUCUCUUGCGGACCGCUUCACCCGUCGAGGGGUGGACCCGGCGCCUCUGGCCAAGCACGGGCUGACAGAAGAGCUGCUGUCCCGGAUGGCUGCUGCAGGAGGCACGGUCUCCGGCCCCUCCUCCACCAGUAAGCCAGGCCGGACCUCCACUGGGGCCCAACCCACAGUUGCUGAUUCCAAACUCAGCAACCAGGUGUCCACCAUCGUCAGCCUGCUUUCCACCCUGUGCAGAGGUUCUCCCCUCGUCACUCAUGAUCUUCUGCGCUCUGCGCUGCCUGACUCAAUGGAGAGUGCCCUGCAGGGGGAUGAACGCUGUGUUCUGGACACCAUGCGUCUGGUGGACCUGCUGCUGGUGCUGCUGUUCGAGGGCCGCAAGGCUCUGCCCAAAUCCACCGCUGGCACAACAGGACGCAUCCCGGGCCUGCGACGGCUGGACAGCUCUGGGGAGCGCUCCCACCGACAGCUCAUCGACUGUAUCCGCAGCAAAGACACAGAUGCGCUCAUCGACGCAAUCGACACCGGGGCUUUUGAAGUGAAUUUCAUGGAUGACGUUGGGCAGACUCUUUUGAACUGGGCCUCUGCGUUUGGCACACAGGAAAUGGUUGAGUUCCUGUGUGAGAGAGGUGCUGAUGUCAACAGAGGUCAGAGGUCAUCCUCCCUCCAUUACGCUGCCUGUUUCGGGCGGCCUCAAGUAGCAAAGACUCUACUGCGACAUGGUGCCAACCCUGACCUUCGAGAUGAAGAUGGGAAAACUCCCCUGGAUAAAGCCAGGGAGCGUGGCCACAGUGAGGUUGUAGCCAUCCUCCAGUCUCCUGGAGACUGGAUGUGCCCCGUUAACAAAGGAGAGGACAAGAAGAAGAAAGAUGCGAACAAGGAGGAGGAGGAGGGCAGCGAACCCAAAGGAGACCCGGAGAUGGCCCCAAUCUACUUGAAGAGACUGCUACCAGUAUUUGCACAAACCUUUCAGCAAACCAUGCUACCUUCUAUUAGGAAAGCUAGCCUGGCUCUGAUCAGGAAGAUGAUCCACUACAGCUGUGAGGUGCUGCUGAAGGAGGUGUGUGACUCUGACACCGGUCACAACCUGCCCACCGUGCUAGUGGAGAUCACCGCCACCGUGCUGGAUCAGGAGGAUGAUGAUGACGGUCACCUGCUGGCCCUGCAGAUCAUCAGAGACCUGGUGGACAAGGGAGGAGACGUCUUCCUGGACCAGCUGGCCAGGCUGGGCGUCAUCAACAAGGUGUCCACUCUGGCCGGACCCACUUCAGACGAAGAGAACGAGGAGGAGUCCAAACCAGAGAAGGAGGACGAGCCCCAGGAGGAAGCCAAAGAGGUGCAGCAGGGGAAGCCCUACCACUGGCGUGACUGGUCCGUCAUCAGAGGUAGGGACUGCCUGUACAUCUGGAGCGACGCUGCAGCCCUGGAGCUCUCCAACGGCUCCAACGGAUGGUUCCGCUUCAUCCUGGACGGCAAGCUGGCCACCAUGUAUUCCAGCGGCAGCCCCGAGGGAGGCUCCGACAGCUCAGAGAGUCGUAGUGAGUUUCUGGAGAAGCUGCAGCGUGCCCGUAGCCAGGUGAAGCCUGUGACAGCUAGCCAGCCCAUCCUGUCUGCCCUGGGUCCCACCAAGCUGACGGUGGGGAACUGGUCCCUGACCUGCCUGAAGGAGGGAGAGAUCGCCAUCCACAACUCUGACGGGCAGCAGGCCACCAUCCUCAAGGAGGACUUGCCCGGCUUCGUGUUCGAGUCCAAUAGGGGCACCAAGCAUUCGUUCACCGCUGAAACGUCACUAGGGUCAGAGUUUGUUACCGGCUGGACUGGAAAGAGAGGAAGGAAGCUCAAAUCCAAAUUGGAGAAAACAAAACAAAAGGUGAAGACUGUGGCCAGAGACCUGUAUGAAGACCACUUCAAGGCAGUGGAGAACAUGCCCAGGGGGGUGGUGGUCACCCUGAGAAACAUCGCCACCCAGCUGGAGUCUGCUUGGGAGCUGCAUACCAACAGACAGUGUAUCGAGGGAGAGAACACAUGGCGAGACCUGAUGAAAACGGCUCUGGAAAACUUGAUUGUGGUUCUCAAGGAUGAAAACACCAUCUCCCCAUAUGAAAUGUGCAGCAGUGGCCUCGUUCAAGCACUUUUUACAGUCCUUAAUAAUAGUGUGGAACUUGACAUGAAACAUGAUUGUAAACCAUUAAUGGAAAGGAUAAAUGUAUUUAAAACCGCAUUCAGUGAAAACGAAGAUGAUGAAAGCCGACCCGCAGUUGCCUUAAUCCGCAAACUACUAGCAGUCCUGGAGUCCAUUGAGCGGCUACCUCUGCAUCUGUAUGACACCCCAGGCUCCACCUAUAACCUGCAAAUCCUGACGAGGAGGUUGCGUUUCCGUCUGGAGCGUGCCCCCGGGGAGACGGCGCUGAUCGACCGCACAGGGCGCAUGUUGAAGAUGGAGCCCCUGGCCACCGUUGAGUCUCUGGAGCAGUACCUCCUCAAGAUGGUGGCCAAGCAGUGGUACGACUUUGACAGAUCCUCCUUCAUCUUCGUCAGGAAACUGAGAGAAGGACAGACCUUCACAUUCAGACACCAGCAUGACUUUGACGAGAACGGAAUAGUUUACUGGAUUGGCACCAAUGCAAAGACUGCCUAUGAGUGGGUGAACCCAGCGGCCUACGGCCUGGUGGUAGUGACCUCCUCUGAGGGUCGUAACCUGCCCUACGGCCGACUGGAGGACAUCCUGAGUCGGGACAGCUCUGCCCUCAACUGCCACACCAACGACGAUAAGAACGCGUGGUUCGCCAUCGACCUGGGCCUGUGGGUCAUCCCCUCGGCCUACACCCUGCGCCAUGCCCGUGGCUACGGCCGCUCUGCCCUCAGGAACUGGGUGUUCCAGGUGUCCAAAGACGGCCAGAUCUGGAUGAGUCUGUACACCCACGUGGAUGACUGCAGCCUCAACGAGCCAGGGUCCACAGCCACCUGGCCUCUGGACCCUUCGAAAGAGGAGAAGCAGGGCUGGAGACACAUCCGCAUCAAGCAGAUGGGGAAGAAUGCCAGUGGGCAGACCCACUACCUGUCUCUGUCAGGCCUGGAGAUCUACGGCACCGUCAGCGGCGUGUGUGAGGACCAGCUAGGUAAAGCAGUGAAGGAGGCAGAGGCCAAUCUCCGCAGGCAGAGGCGUCUGUUCCGCUCCCAGGUGAUGAAGUACAUAGUGCCAGGGGCGCGCGUGGUGCGGGGCAUCGACUGGAAGUGGAGAGACCAGGAUGGCAACCCAGCAGGAGAGGGUACGGUGACGGGGGAGGCCCAUAACGGCUGGAUUGAUGUCACCUGGGAUGCUGGUGGCUCAAACUCUUACCGUAUGGGUGCUGAAGGAAAAUUUGACCUCAAGCUUGCGCCAGGGUACGACCCUGAGUCUGCGCCAUCACCCAAACCUGUCUCAUCCACUGUUUCAGGCACAGCGCAGUCCUGGAGCAGCCUGGUGAAAAAUAACUGUCCGGACAAGGGCGGCUCCUCCUCGGCUGCAGGGGCCAGCUCUUCAAGCAGGAAGGGCAGUAGCAGCUCGGUGUGUAGCGUGGCCAGCAGCAGCGAUAUCAGUCUCAGCUCCACCAAGGUAGAGCGCCGGGCCGAGAGCCUGCUGGGGGGGGUCCUAGGGGUCAGUGGUGGCACCAUCGGGGCAGAAGGCCAAGAGCCCAUUGUGGUACUGUCAUCCGAGGCUGGAUGCGUGUCCAGCACGUUAACUGCUGAGGGCGGCGAGCGGAAAGCGGGCGCGGACAGGCAAGAGGCUGUAGAUGCCACGUCCAUCUCCAUGGCACUAGUCAGCGUCAGCUCGCCUGACGUCAGCUCGGUGUCCGAGUCCUCCAGUAAGGAGACGGCUUCCCAGAGGCCUCUAUGUUCUGCGGCCAGCGCCCGUCUGUCCGUUAGCUCUCUGCUGGCAGCCAGCGCUCCCAUGAGCUCCAGCGCCAGCGUGCCCAACCUGUCGUCACGGGAGGCCAGCCUCAUGGAAUCGUUUGUGAGGAGGGCUCCCAACAUGUCCCGCACCAAUGCCACCAACAACAUGAACCUGAGUCGCAGCAGCAGCGACAACAACACCAACACACUGGGACGAAAUGUCAUGAGCACUGCAACUUCUCCUCUCAUGGGUGCACAGAGCUUUCCUAACCUCACAACCACUGGCACCACCUCAACUGUUACAAUGUCCACAUCCAUAGUAACCAGCAGCAAUAAUGUAGCCACGGCAACCACAGGUUUGUCGGUUGGCCAGUUGCUCAGUAACACUCUGACCACCAGCCUGACCUCUACGUCUAGUGAGAGCGACACUGGUCAGGAAGCUGAGUUUUCCCUCUAUGACUUCCUGGACAGUUGUCGCGCUAACACGCUAUUGGCCGAGUUAGAUGAUGAAGAGGAUCUGCCUGAGCCAGAUGAUGAUGAUGAUGAGAACGAGGAUGACAAUCAGGAAGACCAAGAGUAUGAGGAAGUUUUGGAAGAGGAAGAGUAUGAAACCAAAGGGGGUCGGCGUAGAACCUGGGACGAUGACUUUGUCCUCAAACGCCAGUUCUCUGCUUUAGUCCCGGCGUUCGACCCCAGACCAGGCCGGACCAACGUCCAGCAGACCACCGACCUGGAGAUCCCUCCCCCAGGUACACCUCGCUCUGAAGUCCAGGAGGAGGUUGAGUGUCCCCCCUCCCCCCACCUUGCCCUCAUCCUCAAAGUGGCAGGGCUUGGAACCACCCGAGAAGUUGAACUACCUCUCUCCAACUACAAGGGUACUAUAUUUUACUAUGUCCAGAAGCUCCUGCAGCUCUCCUGCAGCGGGAGCGUCAAGUCCGAUAAACUGCGCCGGAUCUGGGAACCCACAUAUACGAUAAUGUACAGAGAAAUGAAGGAUUCGGACAAAGAGAAGGAAAGUAGAAAGAUGGGUUGCUGGUCUGUAGAGCAUGUGGAGCAAUACCUUGGCACUGAUGAAUUACCAAAGAAUGACUUGAUAACCUACAUGCAGAAGAAUGCAGACUCCUCUUUCCUGCGCCACUGGAAAUUAACCGGCACUAAUAAAAGUAUUAGGAAAAACAGAAAUUGUUCUCAGCUCAUAGCUGCAUACAAGGACUUCUGUGAGCAUGGAUGUAGGUCAGGCCUGAGCCCUGGGUCUCUGGGUGUCAUGCAGACCUGUGACAUUCUGAGUGUGGCCAGGGAGCAGGCCCAGGCCAAGGCUGGCUCCAGUCAGAGCGCCUGUGGAGUGGAGGACGUGCUCCAGCUACUCCGCAUUUUAUUCAUCAUCGGGGGAGACCCCCACGCCCACGCACGCACUUUCCAGGAAGAUGUGGAUGACCUCCAAUUCAAUGCAUCGCCUGAGGAAUUCACCAGCAAGAAGGUCACAACAAAGAUUCUCCAGCAGAUAGAGGAGCCUCUGGCCCUGGCCAGUGGGGCCCUCCCAGAGUGGUGUGAGCAGCUUACCAGCAAGUGUCCUUUCCUCAUCCCCUUCGAGACCCGGCAGCUGUACUUCACCUGCACUGCGUUUGGAGCCUCCAGGGCAAUAGUGUGGCUGCAGAACCGGCGGGAGGCCACCAUGGAGCGCUCACGGCCCUCCACCACGGUGCGGAGAGACGACCCUGGGGAGUUCAGGGUGGGCCGGCUCAAACACGAGAGGAUCAAGGUCCCCCGCGGAGACCAGAUGAUGGAGUGGGCUGAGAGUGUCAUGCAGAUCCACGCCGACAGGAAGUCUGUUCUGGAGGUUGAGUUCCAGGGGGAGGAGGGCACAGGCCUCGGCCCCACCCUGGAGUUCUAUGCUCUGGUGGCAGCUGAGUUCCAGAGGACUUCCCUGGGUAUCUGGCUCUGUGAUGACGACUUCCCAGACGAUGAGUCUCGCCAGGUGGAUCUGGGUGGGGGUCUGAAACCUCCAGGCUACUACGUCCAGCGCUCCUGUGGCCUGUUCCCAGCCCCAUUCCCCCAGGACAGUGACGAGCUGGAACGCCUCAGCAAACUCUUCUUCUUCCUCGGUGUCUUCCUGGCCAAGUGCAUCCAGGACAACCGCCUGGUGGACCUGCCCAUUUCACGACCCUUCUUCAAGUUGCUCUGUAUGGGUGACAUUAAGAGCAACAUGUCCAAGCUGCUCUAUGCGUCCCGCGGGGGUCCUCUACUCCUUGAUCCCACCGAGCAGCACCGUCACUUCUCAGAGAUCCAGUCGGAGGCGUCCACCGAGGAGAGCCAGGACACCUAUUCCAUCGGCAGCUUUGACGAGGACUCCAAGUCCGAGUUCAUCCUGGACCCCCCUAAACCCAAGCCCCCGGCCUGGUACCACGGCAUCCUGACCUGGGAGGACUUUGAACUGGUCAACCCCCACCGGGCCAAGUUCCUGAAGGAGAUGAAGGAGCUGGCGGUGAAGAGGAGGCUGAUCCUGGGGAACAAGAGUCUGUCUGAGGAUGAGAAGAACACUAGGCUGCAGGACCUCAUGCUGAAGAACCCCAUGGGCUCUGGACCACCACUUAGUGUAGAGGACCUGGGAUUGAAUUUCCAGUUCUGCCCCUCAUCCAAAGUGCAUGGGUUCUCAGCAGUGGACCUGAAGCCCAAUGGAAAUGACGAGAUGGUGACCAUGGAGAAUGCUGAGGAGUAUGUGGAGCUCAUGUUUGACUUCUCUAUGCACACUGGCAUCCAGAAACAAAUGGAGGCUUUCAGAGAGGGUUUUAACCGAGUGUUCCCCAUGGAGAAGCUGAGCUCCUUCAGUCACAAGGAGGUGCAGAUGAUCCUCUGUGGAAACCAGUCUCCUUCCUGGACAUCUGAGGACGUCAUGAACUACACAGAGCCUAAGCUGGGCUACACUCGGGACAGUCCUGGGUUCCUGCGUUUUGUGCGGGUGCUGUGUGGCAUGUCAUCUGACGAGAGGAAAGCCUUCCUCCAGUUCACCACAGGAUGCUCCACUCUGCCCCCUGGUGGUCUGGCCAACUUGCACCCACGCCUCACCAUCGUUCGGAAGGUUGACGCGACAGACUCCAGCUAUCCAUCUGUUAACACUUGUGUGCAUUACCUGAAGCUGCCAGAGUAUUCCUCUGAAGACAUCAUGAGAGAGCGCCUCCUAGCAGCUACCAUGGAGAAGGGCUUCCACCUCAACUGAGCAUGCUCCGUCUGCCCCAUUAUGACUGACCAACCCCCCCACGCGAAGCCUGUUGUGUUUUGUUGCAGAAAAAGAAACAAGCUGUGCUCUCUGAGAUCUCUCCUCCCAACCUUACAUCUCCCCCGUCCUGUCCUUUCCCCCAGAAAAACUUUAGGAAAACAGUCCCAUGUUAACUCAAUAGCUGCUGAUACAGAUCAAACCAGGGCCCACCUCCCCUCUCCUCCGACCCACCUGCUUACUUGUCACAGCUCUCUCCCUCCCCCAGGGCACUCUGCUGCUUUAAGGGCUUGAGCAACUGGAAGACGGGGCAGACAGUUUCCUCAUGUUCUACAGUGUUUACUAUCUCUCUCUCAUACUUUGGCUGUGAGCAUCUGUGUACAAGUUCUCUGUAGAUUUUUGGGUUUUCAGACUACCACCAGCUUCUCUCCACCACCCCGGCUGGCAACCUCCUUCCUUUCCCUGUGUGAUGUGAGGGGGAGAAGGGCAGCUGCUUCUGUAGAGUUAACUGUAGAGUGUUUGGGCAUUUCCUUACCAGGUUGUUUUACUAGUGCCUGCGUUGUUUGAAUAUUAGGAUUACCUUGUUCCUUUUACUUCAUCUAACAUCAUACAAUCAUGAUGCACAUGCUUAUUAUUUUUCCUUUUGCUUUCGUUACUGUGUGUAUUUUGAUGUUUAUUGCCCUGCUAUAAGGAUCAAAGUCCCUGAGUGCAUUUGUGUAAUUUGAUAAAAGCUAGAGACGACAACACUGGUUCUGUGUGCAAGGCACAUUUGAAAAGGAAAAAAAAGCAAGCUAUGCUUUCCCUUGUAUUUUCUUUGUAUAUUAUAAACAUUUAUUUAACUCAAGUUGCAGUUUGAAGUAAACAGAUAUUUUCAAAUGUGUAUGCUCCAAAAAUAAUCAUUAAAAUGUUUGCAAAGUA